GAUGAAAGCCUAAAGUGGUCUCUGAAGUGAACCGCCUAUUCACGCUUUGUGUACAAAUGCAAACUAAUUGAGUAGCUGUGACGAUCCAGCCUCUUUAGACAGGCUAUCAUAAGAUUCAGUCCCGCAGCGUUCAUCUCCCAACCACGGUGUUCACCUAACAGACAUCCAUGCUAAAUUAAGUAUUAUAUUAAUGAAGAUUCGACUGUCAUGCCGGCUACGAGUCGAACAAACACUAUGAGCUUCAGUUCUUGCAAUCCCCUUGACAUGCUGGUUGAGACAUGUAAAAACAUAGGCAAAGGAGAACCCUCCACAACUUCGAGUCACGGUCAUGGAUUUAUUGCGCCUCUACGAUCCCAACCAGAUUCUCAUCAACGGCUACUUCAAAUGGCUUCAUCAACAUCAACACUGCCUAGACUGGCCACGGCCUUGAUUUCACCGUUACGGCAAUCGACGCCUCAAUCGUCUGCUCAUACGUCAAUGUGUUCGCAAUACAAUCUUCCCCCAACUCCUCCCGCUGAAGGUUCAACAACGAGACCUGAGUUUUUUCGUAGAUGUAGAUCUUCCUGUUCUUGUGGAACUUCGAACUCAAUGUUCACUACUCCAUACUAUACACAUCUUCGACCAUCGGAAAUGCCUCUGUAUUUACCACUAAGUACGAUGCCAUGCAGCUUCCCAGCACCGAGCUUAAAUGAAAUGGCAUCGAUGGACGCUCUUCAAAGUCAUUCAAGUCGAUGUGCUUCGAUCUCUUGUUGUAGGCAUUACCCUGCAGUACCAUCGCAAGCGUCUCCUACUGCGACAAAUGCCAGCUUACAACCACUGUCGUCACCCAUUUCAUUAAUGGACUAUUCUGCUUAUCCAUCGCACUCAAUAGCAACAGGAACAUCUUCUGCCUAUAUUACUGGCGUACACGACCUGGUGCCACACGUUGGCUAUGGUUCUCCGAUGCCAUACCAUCAAUCGCCAACCGCAAUGCUGUCAAAACUUGCAGCACGGCGAUGCCGACGAUGCCAAUGUCCGAACUGUCAGAAACCUACAGAUCCAGCAGAUAAAAACAAGAAAAAGCAACACAUUUGUCACAUACAGGGGUGCGGCAAAGUUUACGGAAAAACAUCUCAUCUAAAAGCGCAUCUCAGGUGGCAUUCUGGCGAGCGACCAUUCGUUUGCCAUUGGUUGUUUUGUGGCAAAAGUUUUACACGUUCGGACGAGUUACAGCGCCAUCUUCGGACACAUACUGGAGAAAAGAAAUUCGUGUGUUCAGAGUGCAACAAACGUUUUAUGAGGAGUGACCAUCUCGCUAAACACACCAAGACACACGUAAUAACACGAAAGAAAUUGACAAAGGAUUCUUAAUCUAAUGACUAAUUGCGUUUGGAGCAUUCUAUUGUAUUUGCGAUGCAACUUUAAAAUGUUGAAAUUAGUAGACCAGUUGUUAAAAUUCGUAGACCUGUAUCAAAUUUGAUAAUUUCAUAGCUAUAUAUACACAAAUAUUUUAGUCUCCAAAUUUAAUGGAUAUUUUAGAAUUUAUUCAGUGUUCAACAUAUACUGUCACCCAGAACAAGAACUCAAGUAUUAAAAUGAUUAAUAGACGUUUUAAAUACGGAAAUCCUUGACGUUUUUGCCAGAAAUUGACGGGCACGUUCAUGCCUAUAAGAACGGUGUUAUUAAAUAUCCAUUAUUUGGCAAAGGGCUUUUUUUUUCUCAUUCUAUUUUUCAGAUGGGAGCAAAUACUAUAACUUUUUUUUAAAGUUUAUGAAGUCUAUAUUUGAAUUACGUGGUAGUAUAUACCUUUUAUGAUAAACGUAAAUUUGUUGUUAUGGAAAUUACAUUAUUUAAUCUUUUAUUUUAAACAUUUUUAAAGAGCUUUUUGUAAGGAACACCAUUAGUGUAUGUAUGUAUCCAUCGAUACUAUAGAGUGUAAUGGAUAUUUACAUCAUACGUUGGUGUUUUUUUUCUGUUUUGAAGACAUUUUAUUAAUACUUUCCAAUAAAAUAUCCAAAUUUUUUUAUCAGCUGGCCUUCAUAUACUGUACUGUAUUAAAAACAACUUCAUUGAUGGGAACCCAAUUGGAAAUCGGCCGGACUCACUAGCCUAACGGAUGUUCCUGAUCCUCAUACUAUUUAUUUUCGUUCACAGUCAUUUUUAUUGCUGCAUAUGAUAUGUCGAGCAUCAAAUAAAUAUAUUCAGCCAAUCAAUUGAUCGAUCAAUGAAUCAGUCGAUCAAUAGGAAACAAGAUUUUUAUAUAGGCCUAGUUCGUAAAGAUGUGUCGCGAAUCUGUGAUGUACUUGACGCUUAUCGUCUCGUAUACUGAAUGCUUAAUGUAGCCAAAAUUUUGUUUGUUUGGUUUAAUCAUCAACCCAAUUUAAGGUUUUCCUUUUGUUUAUCUGUACUUGGAUAUUCCUAUUUAUAUUAUCGAAAUUAUAAUGUAAAAUAUAAAAUAUUGUGGAACGCCCCCAUUGUAUUGUUUCUGUUUAAUAAAUGAGUUUUUAAAGAUUAUUAGGUAUUUUGAUGCCAUUUACAAUAAAGAUAUUUGUGAUAUGGAUCUAAAGUUCGAAUUCCAAUACUUUAAUUACAUACAAUCAUAUUUACAGUGUUUGUUUAACGUUAACAUUAUAUUUAAAAAAAAGUAUGAUAUACAGUAUAUUGAUUGAUAUCAAAUUGCAUCUAAGAAUAUAAUUAUAUACAAUUACUGAGCAAAAUCAACGAUUUUUUAUAUUCCAUUGUGUUUCAGUUUGUUGAUGUUCAGUAUUUCAAAAGGGAGGUUUUGUGCACUUUUAUGAAUAUCGUUCCGCAAUACAUUUUAAUAUAUUUGAGCCGAUCAUCAUGCAUAUAAGUCACGGUGUACGUUCCUUUUUUUGACGAAAAUUAUCGGUUAUAUCACAGAUCCUAUAUAGGCCUACAGAUGUAUAUAGGAUCUGUGGUUAUAUGUUUGUUGGAAAAGUAAUGGACAUCAUUUUACACUUUGCAUAAUUAACCUUUACGGAAUAUCAAUCAAUUUAAUAGCUAACCAACCAGAACACCACAAUGAAUACGCGCUUGCACGAGUUUACGUACGUUUACGCUAUCUUUUUGAGGGACUAUAUCUAAUGGGCGGAGCUUAGCGGAAAGAUCCAUUACCAACUUACAAGAGUAAAUAUAAAAGAGAAAUUGAAAAUUCUACGUCGUUCAAAACACUCGGGGCGCAGGGCCUAUUUUCUACGCACUCACUUUGCGUAUUUAUCAAAUGCGAAACAUAUUGUUUUUUUUUGUGCUAGAAUAUAUAUAUUUAAAACAAAGCUGUGGUGUAUCGGCAUCGUGUUCGUUAAGUGUUCCGAACUCUCCCUAAAUUUUAUGAAAAUAAUAUUAUUUAAGAAAUAUAUUUAUAUGCAUAAACUUUGAACAAUUGUUAAUAUUUUUUAAAGUGUUGUUAUACGUUUGUUUCCUGUUAAAUGAUCCAAAUAAAAUUGUGAGAGAGAUAAAAACUA